CUUUGCACACCCUUCCAUGAUUCCCAUUCUCUCCAAUCCAAUUCAAGAUAAAUAAACUCUUCAUCUAUUUGCCAUCAAGAUUCAAGACCCCCCUUCUCCAUUCCCUAUAAAUACCUCCACUCCUUCCUUUUCCUUUCUCUCUAUAACAACAACUCUUUACAUAUAUAACACACACUUAACAUGGGAAGGCAUCCAACUACUAGCACUACUACUAAUGCAACAACUCUUCAUUCCUCCAUUGCUCUUUUGCAAGAGAGAUUUAGGCAGCUUCAAAGGAUGAAGGAGUUGAGGGAGGAGAAGGAGCUCAUGAAGAUGUUUAUAGAAGCCGGAAAGCCGAAACCAAAUGUGCAACUUGUUGAUCAAAAUGAGCAACAACCAAGCUUGUUCUUGCACCCUGAUUUGCUUCAUCCUUCAAAGUUUCAGCAUGACUUGUCUCAUGUGUCUACCAACUUUGAUACUUCACUCUCCAUUGGAUUGUGGCCUUGUAAUAAGCCUGCAACUACUACUAUUACUUCUGCUACUGCUACUACUAACAAUGUCAGGGAGACAACAUCAUAUGUUGACACUUCUCUUCAUUUGUAAGCAGUAUAUAUAUAUAUAUAUAUAUGUUGCUCAAUUUGUAGUUUUAUCU